AUGACUGCCAAUGUAGAAUUGAGUUAUCAAGCUGUGCCAAUCCGUGAAAUUCUUUACAUGUCUAAGGAGGAAAAGCAGAUAUUUGCUACAAGAUUGCAAACUGAACUUUAGGAUUUCAGGUAAAGAGAGUAAAUGUACAUUGAAAAGAGAAAAGAACUCCAGGAUUUAGAAUUGAAAUAUCGUAAAAAGGCUGAUGCAAUGAUGGGAUUGAAUAAAAAGUAUCAAGAAAAGUUUGAUUUAAACGAUGAGAUCAUUGCUAAUCUUAAAGAAUAAAUAGAGUAAUGCUAAAGAUAAGCUAAUGAUGGCGAUGAUGAAAAUAAUGACAUGCAAGGAAAAAUUAAUGCUCAACUUGAAAGCAUUAGAAACAAAGAGAAUGAAAUAAGAUAACUUAAAGGGAAAAUUCAGACAAAGGCAAAUGAGGCUGGUGACAUCAGACGAUUCUUAGAUAAAUUAGUUACUGACUAGAAUAAUUUACUUGAGGAGAAGCAAAAUGAAGAGAAAGCUAUCUAAAAACUUAAGGAAAUAAGAGAUAUGAGAAAGGCUGAGUAAGAUGAGUACGCUAGCAAACUAAGGAAACUCAAAAACGAUCAAUUUAGAUAAAAUGAAAAGUCUGAAUCAAUUAAUAGAGCUAUGGAGGCACAGCAAAAUAAUAGACAAGGUCUAGAAUAAGAAUUAAUUAGAAUGCAAGUUAAACUAUAGCAGAGUUAGGAAUAAUUCAAUGACCUUUCUAAUGAAAAACAAAAACUAGAUAAUGUACUUAGAUGCCAUAAUAAUGAUAUUCAUCAACUCACGAAUCAAAAGAAAUUAUUUGAGGAAAAUAAUAGACGCAUGGCUACUGGUGUUUCUGACAUAAAGAAAAAGGUUGCUGAUUUAGACUCAUAAAUUAAGAUGAUGCAAGUAGAUAUAUAAAACUUAAUGUAAGGUAAUCAAUACAAAGAGGAAGAGAACUAAUAACUUGCAAACGAUUUGAAAACUCUUGAAUAACAUCUGAACCUAUUGGAAUAAUAGAACAAAGAACUUGAAUCUGAGCUUGAAAACUUUGUGUAGCAGGAUGAGAUGGUGAAAUCUAAAUUAGUAGAUAGAUCAAGAUCAAAAAGCCCUAUAAAGCCAAGCAAUAUCAAUAGUAGUUAUUAUUAAUAAGUACCAGUGAAAUAAAAUGAAUAUGCUUUUGAAAAUCAAAAAGGAAAGGACUUAGGCUCUGAUUCAUUCUAUAAUAAUCCCUAUAGAAACAACCUUAUUAAUAGUAGUGCAACAACAAAAGUAGGAACUGCACAUAAAGGUGAUUACUAAACUCCAUUUGAUGCAAGCAAGAGAAAUUAUGAUCCUACAUCUGACAAUAAAUCAUUCUUUGAUAGCAUGUAAUCAUCUUUAGGGUUUAACCAAAACAAGAUCUCACAUCAUCCUCUUAGAUUAGGAAAUUAGUCAGAGUUUUAGCUAUUAAAUCAGAGUAGAUAAUUUGAGAAAGAAAAUGAUAAUAAGUACAUUCCAAUAAGAGACAAGAGCAGAAGCCCAUCAACAGAGUAGUAAUACAGAAGAAAUAAUGUGAAGUUUGCAGAUGAGUUUCCAUAAACAAAAAUAUAUAGUAAUUAUAAGGAAUCGUCAUAGAAAUAAGCACCAGAAAGUAGCCAUUAUUUAAAUUCUUAACCCUCAGCUGCACCUGGCAGAACAUACAAUCUUAAUAGCUCAUCAAGUCAUUAACCAUCAUUGUAAAGCCAGUCAAAAUUAGGUCAAGUAAGCACUCUCCAACCAAGAAUCAGAGAGGAAAACAACAAUACUGCUUCUAAGCAGAGUCAACUACAUUCAUCGUAAAGCUCAAACAAGGAUCUUCCAAUAAAUAAAAGUAGUAAUUUGUAGCCUUACUAGCUCCAAUAGUAAUAACCUUUCAGUUUUGCAGGUAGUCAAAAUAGCAAUAACUAUAAAGUUAAUAGUUAUACGUAAAGUCAAGGUUCUUAAAAUAAUGUCUAUUCUUAAUAGAGCUUUUAAAAUUCCAACAAAUUCGAAGAUGAUGAAAUUCCUUAAAGAGAUGAAAAUGUUCAAAGAACACAAGGUGGCAGGAAAUGGCCUUUAGGACUGUCAAAAAAGUUCAUGCAAUCAUAGAAAAAGAGCAAGCUAGAUGAUGGUUCUAAAAAUCAUCCAUUUUUAACAAAUCAAAGUCCACCUAAUAAAUGGUAGUUGGAGAAAAGACAGAAAGAAACUCAGAAUCAGUAUUAGGAAAUCUAGAACAACUUAUUUUAUAAGAGCCACAGAUAGAAGUUUCACAGAGGAUCAGUAGACAAUAGAGAAACAGAAAGUGAUUUGAAAUCAGAAGUGGAUAGCAGUUUACUUUGGGAUUUUAAGGAAUCAUUUAAGAAUAUAAACCACUAAGUGAAAAGAGAUGAAAGUUAUGGAGAAUUUGGCAGUCAAAUAUAAAAGUAUAUUAUCUAGAGCUUCAAUGAAUUGAAUCCAGUUCAAGGUAAACUCAGUUAUCGAGAACUUUCGAUGCCCAGCAAUAAAAAUCUACACAAGAAUAUAGUUAAAGAUCCUAAUACUUAAAUUGAGUUACCUGAGAUAUUAAAAAGGCUGGAUACUCCUCUUUUUAAUAUAAAGAGGAAAAAUCUAAAAUCAAUGCGUUAGAGUCUAGAGAAAAAAGAGGAUCGUCCACUUUACAAACUUCUCAAAAAAUCAGAAAAAAGACCACCUAGAGUCUUGAAUAAGAGCUCUGAAACUAACUUUGGAUCGUUUAAGUAUGAUUCAAAUAGGCAGUCUGAAUUAGACCUUAAUAAACCAAUGAGCAGAGAAAACGACAAUACAAUGAGCCGUAUUAAAUUUAUACAAGAUAAAUCUGGAGUAGCAUUAGGUGAUAGUUUGGGAUAUUUCAAGCCAAAAUUUGUGUAAGAUGCUGAGUGCUAACCUCCUUUUACAAUAGCUUUAUCUCCCAGACUACUUAAAAUAAUAGAUUAAAGUGAUUCAUUAAAUGCUUAGAGAGGGAAACAAAUGAAGAUAAAUUAUAGGAUUCAUUGA